AGAUAACCUAUAAAAACUUGUUUAAAAAAAAAAUAGAUGGCUAUGAAAAAUAUAUAUAUAUAUUUUAUCUUCUUUUUUUCGUUUCUUUUUCUUCUUUUUUUUACUCACUUUUUUUCCUCUCUUUCAACUUAUCAUGCUUCUUACCAAGGCACCUCGUUCCUCUUUGAUCAACAUUAUCACAAAGCGUUUUUACGCUGCCACCAAUGAGCCUAUCAAAAAGACUGCUUUAUAUGAUUUCCAUAUCAACCAUGGUGGUAAGAUGGUUCCAUUUGCUGGCUACUCUAUGCCUGUACAAUACAGUAAUAUGGGUAUGCUGGCUUCUCAUCUUCAUACCCGUGAAAAAGCUUCUAUCUUUGAUGUCUCUCAUAUGCUUCAAACACGCCUUACUGGUAAAGACCGUAAGAAGUUCUUUGAGACCUUGGUUGUGGCUGAUUUAGAAAACUUACCUGUGGGACAAGGUACUUUAUCUGUUUUUACGAAUGAACAAGGUGGUAUCAUUGAUGAUACUAUUAUUAUGCAACAACAAGACAGCCUGUAUGUUGUCUCAAAUGCUGGCUGUGCUGAUAAGGAUUUGGCUCAUAUUCGCAAACAUCUUACUGAAUUCCAAAACAAGGGUGGAGAUGUUGAUUUCAAUGUCAUUACAGAUCAUUCAUUGAUUGCUAUCCAAGGUCCUAAAGCUGCUGCUGCUCUUGAAGGUUUGGUUGGUAAAAGCUUGAAUGAUUUCAGCUUCAUGCAUGGCAGACAUAUGGAUGUUGCUGGUACACCUUGUCAUGUAGCUCGUUCCGGAUACACUGGUGAAGACGGUUUUGAGCUUUCCGUGCCUACCGAAGAAAUUAUCCAUGUGACAGAGAAAUUAUUGGCUCAUCCUGAUGUUGAGUUAGCAGGUCUUGGUGCCCGUGAUUCUCUCCGUCUUGAAGCUGGUCUUUGUCUCUACGGUAAUGAUAUUGAUGAUACUACUACACCUGUUGAAGCUGGUUUAACAUGGACUAUUCCUAAAUCUCGUCGUGAGACCGGUGGUUUCUUGGGUGCUGAACACAUCUUACCUCAAAUCAAGGGGGGCGUCUCUCGUCGUCGUGUAGGUCUUAUUAUCGAAGGCGCUCCUGCUCGUCAAGGUGCUGAAGUCUUGAACAAGGAAGGACAAGCGAUUGGUGCUGUGACAUCAGGUUGUCCUUCUCCUGUUUUGAAGAAGAACAUUGCUAUCGCCUAUGUCAAAAACGGCUCGCACAAAAAGGGCACUGAACUCAGUGUCAAAGUGAGAAACAAAGUCCAAAAUGCUGUUGUUACCAAAAUGCCUUUUGUUGAAUCCAAUUAUCACAAAAACUAAUAUACUCAAUUAUUUAUUUACAGUGACACUUGUUUGAAAAUAGAUGAAGACAAUAAAAAAAAAGAGUCCACUUUGAGAGGUUAUUGUGUC